GAGGACUCCAUGCGGGAAGGAGAAGCGGCGCCUCUCGACUCGAAAUAUCGUUCCAAACGAAAAUGGAGUUUGUUAAAGAAGAGGGAGAUGACAUAUGUUAUCCAGAAUCCUCCCGAAUAAAACAUGAAGAUACUGAGGAAGAAAUAGAUCUGAUUGAAGUGAAAGAGGAGAGUCCAGAUCUGAAUGAAGAGGAGGAGAAACAUCAUGACUUCAAAAUAGAAGAAAUCGAUUUUAGCUGCUCACAGACGGAAAUGAAUUUCUCAAAAGGGAGAACUCGAAAUACAGAACCUGAAACCUGUUUCAUCUGCUCUGAGUGUGGAAAAACUUACACACGUAAAGACACCCUUAAGAUGCAUUUAAGAAUUCACACUGGAGAGAAACCUCACACAUGUCAACAGUGUGGAAAGGGUUUCAAAUCUAAAUCAGAUCUUAACAGACAUGUGAUAAUUCACACUGGAGAGAAACCUUACACCUGCCCUCAGUGUGAAAAGAAGUUUGCAUGUACAAGUAAUCUUAAGAAGCACAUGAGAUUUCACAGUGGAGAGAAACCUUUCACAUGCUUUCAGUGUGGAAUAAGUUACAGAUAUAAAUCAAAUCUUAAUAGACACAUGAGAAUUCACAGUGGAGUGAAGUCCUCAUAGCUUUUAAAUGGUAGCUGAUAAGCUUCCGAGUUUCUCGUACCGCUUCGCAUUUCCUUUUCACCAUAAAAACAGAUCCUUGUCCAUUGGAAUGCAUAACUCCAACCGGAAAUGGGGACUCUAGUUAGAGACUUGGACUUUAGUCGCAUUUUAUUAGUCCUCAGACUCCACUUCAGACUUCACACAAAGGACUUGUGAAUAUCUCAAAAACUAGUCUUUUAACCUUAACUAUUAAUAUCUUAAAGGAAGAAUUUGUUUUAUUUGUAUGGUUUUAUUAUAUCCACUUCACAUUUACACGUGUCAUGAUCGAUCGGACCCUUAUCAUAGAAUUCGGUGAUGUAUUUCUUUGUAAACCCCAAAAUGUUUAAGAGUCCCAUGAAACAUGACGGCACCCGUCGUGCCAUUUGUGCUCACUCAUAUUUGGUUGAGCCCUCAGAAGAAGAAACUUCAAGAAGAUCACAUUCUCAAAGGUUAUUCACAUUAAUUAACACAAAGCUAGCUAAUAUUGUGCUGUCGCAAACAUUGGGCAUUGUAGCUACAUGAUCGCUAGACAGAGGAUGCGUCAAUGUAAACCUAGCGCUUCAUUUUAUCAUUGAUUUCAUAGUAUAUGUGUCACCUCUCUUUGUCUGUCUCUCUCUCUUUGUGUGUGUGUGUGUAUAUAGAGCAAGUGUGUGUGAUAUAUAUAUAUAUAUAUAUAUAAUGACUUUCGUUCUUUCUGGUCAUUCUCUGUUGACCUCAUCAACGAUGUGUUUCCAUCUGCAGAACUGCCGCUCACUGGAUGUUCUUGUUUUUGGCAUCAUUCAGAGUAAAUUCUAGAGACUGUUGUGAGUGAAAAUCACAGGAGAUCAGCAGUUACAGAAAUACUCAAACCAGCCCAUCUGGCACCAACAAUCAUGCCACGGUCCAAAUCACAGAGAUCAAAUUUUUUCUCCAUUCUGAUACUUGUAUACAUUAACUGAAGCUCCUGAUCUGUAAAAGUAGAUGGGCUGGUUUGAGUAUUUCUGUAACUGCUGAUCUCCUGUUGAUUUUCACUUAACAGUCUCUAGAAUUUACUCUGAAUGGUACCAAAAACAAAAUGGUUCUGUGGACAGAAACCUUUACAUUUAUGCAUUUGGAAGACGCUUUUAUCCAAAGCGACUUACAGUGCCCUUAUUACAGGGACAAUCCCCCUGGAGCAACCUGGAGUUAAGUGUCUUACUCAAGGACACAAUGGUGGUGGCUGUGGGGAUUGAACCAGCAACCUUCUGAUUACCAGUUAUGUGCUUUAGCCCACUACACCGCCACCAUCACUCCAGAAACACCUUGUUGAUGAGAGAGGUCAACAGAGAAGGCCAAAUUGGUUCGAACUUACAAAGUCUGUGGAGAAACCGAGAUUGUACAGAGAUAACCGCUCUGUACAAUUGUGGUGAAAAGAUCCUCUCCGAAUGCUAUUCUGAGAUGUGGGUUGGUGCUGUUUUGGCAGCUUUAGGGGAACCUACACAAUAUUAGGCAUGUGGUUUUAAUGUCGUGGCUGAUCGGGGUCCUGGGUAGCUCGGCGAGUAUUGACGCUGACUACCACCCCUGGAGUCAUGAGUUCGAAUCCAGGGUAUGCUGAGUGACUCCAGCCAGGCCUCCUAAGCAACCAUAUUUGCCCAGUUGCUAGGGAUGGUAGAGUCACAUGUGGUAACCUCAUCAUGGUUGCUAUAAAGGGGUACAUGGUGAGCUGUGCGUGGUGUGAUGACACCGAGAAUAGCGUGACACACCUCCAUGUGUGCUAUGUCUCCGCGGUAAUGCGCUCACCAACCCACAUGAUAAGAUGCGCGGAUUGACUGUCUCAGACAUGUAGGCAACUGAGGUUCGUCCCAGAUUGAGGCAAGUGGCAAUGCCACCAUAAGGACUUAAAAAGCAUUGGUAAUUGAGGAGAAAAGGGAGGGUAAAAAUUAUUCACCUUGUACCAUUCAGAGCAUUAAGUGGAGCCACCAAAACAUUGCCUAGAUCGGGGUCUCAUGAGGAUAUUUAUCAGGACCAAAGGCAACUUUUAAGGAUUUAGAAGCCCUUAUGGCUGAGAUUGAUCAUUCUGUCCAUGUGACAACAAUAUCCCAAGCAUUACAUAAAGCUGGCUUGUAUGGCAGGGUGGCAAGAAAGAAACCUCUUCUGAAAAAGUUCCACACUAAGUCCAUGAUGUGGGAGUGUUUCUCUUCAGCUAGGACAGGCCAAUUGGUCAACGGGACUGAAGGAUUUAUGGACGCUGCCAUGUAAAUCCUUGAGGAAAAUCUGUGGCCCUCUGUUCAACAAUUGAAGAUGGGCAGGUGGUUCACCUUUCAGCAUUACAAUAACCCUAAACACUCCACCAAAAAAAAAAAAAAAAAACGAUGCGUGGCUUAAGGAUUGGCAGGUCAAAGUUCUCGAGCCUGUGGAUGUAUUUGAAGAGGGCAGUCCAUCGCCGCUCACUCCGCAAUUUGACUGAACUCAAACAAUUCUGCAAGGAAGAAUGGGCAAAUAUUCCCCAAUCUAGUUGCACGAAGUUAGUAGAGACAUUUCCAAACAGACUGAUGGCUGUCAUUAGAUCAAAAGUUAGUUCUACGAAGAAUUAAAUCCAGUGGCAUGAUCACAUUUCAAACCCUGUUCUUCUAGUUUUUCUUUUAUACAUUUUGCAACUGUUAAUUUGUUCUUUUUUUGUGUGUGUUAUUUGAAUAUUGUAAGACAAUAUUUGUAAAUAAAUCAGGAGAAACAUUUUUAAUAGGUUCUGUUUUCAGGCUGGAAGACAAAACAAAAUGUAUUAUUCCAAAGAGGUAGGAAGGUUUUCUAUGGACACUGUACAUGUUAAGAUUUAAUUAGUUUUGUUUUUGGAGUUUUAAAGAUCCGGUCACCAUUCACGUGCAUUGGAUGGAUCUACCUACAGAACAGAGAUAUUAAUUAUGGAUUACAUUUAUAAUGCCUUCAUGUGCUUUUUGGAUCUUCAAAAUGUUAGUACCCAUUCACUUGCAUUGUGAGGACUAGAGAGCAGAAAUAUUAUUCUAAAAAAUAAAGUCAAACACUUGAUUGAAUGAGAGAAAAUUUGAGAAUUAAAUUUUUGGGGUAAAAUAUCCCUCAAACAACAGUAAAACAUUUCCAAAUCUUUGGUUUCUAACCAGUGCUUCAGUGUGUAACAAACGGACCAACUUAGCAAACCAAUUAUGUUUAUUAUAAC